UUCAGCGUCGCUCGGGAAGUUUCGCCGCGUGUCCGCGCCGAGUCGAACGUGAAGCUGCCGACGUAAAAAAAGUUUCUCCGGUGGUCUUGUGUGUUUGUGCGCGGCGGUGCGUGACGUCAGGGGGCUCGCGACAUCGGUUACCCGUGACGUCCAUAAAUAUGUAACGCGAGACCGUUCGAGGCGUAAUCGUGUGGUGAAAUUUACGCGCUGCGUUAUUCCUACCCUUAAAUAUUACGAACGCUGGUGCCGGUUACGAGAUGGAUGGUCGACGAUAACGGGGGAGGAAUCGCGACGACGGACGCGACUGGAUAAAAACCGAUCGAAUACGUUCCGCUCCAUCCAAAAGGGGGACGAAAAAUGUUGUCCACGGUGUCCAGCGUGCCGUUCGAAUUCAAUUCUUCCUACUACGCGACUGUUGUUGGAAACGAUAGUCGCGACGAGCUGUCCGCGUUCGAGGCUGAUAAUGCAACUGCGGACUACAUGUUACCUGCUUACAUUCGCACUACGUCCAUGGUUCUCUGCAUAAUAGUGAUGAUCCUCGGCAUAAUUGGAAAUCUUAUGGUACCGUUAGUCGUGUUCCGUGGCAAGGACAUGCGAAACAGCACGAACAUCUUCCUGGUGAACUUGAGCUUCGCUGACCUCUGCGUUCUUCUGAUAUGCACACCCACCGUCCUCGUCGAGGUCAACUACGGGCCGCAAGUAUGGCCACUCGGUGAACACAUGUGUAAAGCAGUGCCGUUCGUGGAGCUGACCGUGGCGCACGCUUCGGUUCUUACGAUCUUGGCGAUCAGUUUCGAACGAUAUUAUGCUAUUUGCGAACCCCUUCGAGCCGGAUACGUGUGCACGAAGGCCAGGGCGACGUUUCUCUGCAUGCUGGCUUGGGUGGCGGCGGCGCUCUGCACUAGUCCCAUAAUCUGGGUCUCGCAGUACCGGGAGAUGCCCGUGAACGAGACCAGGAGCGAUCAGGACUCUAGGAACUUUGUACCCGUCUGUCUGACCAUGGCCGACAACACAGCGACGAUAGUCUUCUUCCUGCUACUCGUCCUCUUGUUCUACAUCGUGCCGUUGCUGAUCCUCCUGAUGCUCUACGCGUUCAUCAUCAGACACCUGAUGCCCGAUCCCUCGACCAGCAACACCAGCGACACCUACCACGCCAGGGCGAAGAAGCACGUGAUGCUGAUGCUGGGAACGGUGGUGCUAUGUUUCUUCAUGUGCCUGCUGCCGUUCAAGGCGUUCACCCUGUGGAUCCUCGUCGUACCGCGACGUAUGAUCAUCGACUUCGGCGUGGAGAGUUACUACACGUUGCUGUACUUCUGUCGGGUGAUGCUUUACCUGAACUCAGCGAUCAAUCCCAUCCUUUACAACCUGAUGUCGUCCAAGUUCAGGGAGGGAUUCCUGAGGCUGUGUGGCCUGGGCCCGAACAGGAGGAAAAAGAAGAAAACGUCGGAUAGGACCGGUACAUACACCACCGGUUCCACCAAUUGCAGCAGCAACCACUCGGACUUCUGGAGGAGGCACAGCAGCAACAAGAGCGGCGGCGUAAAGGGAUCAGAGAUUCGUUAUUCUUCUGACGACGCCAGCGAUAAAAUGGAACGGCAGAAGCAUCACGGUAGUAAGAGGAGAGAUUUCAAUUCCUGAAAAGCGAAAUAUGUCGACCUGAACGGGGAAAAAAAAGAACGAUGAGCCGAAUAGGUAUUGAAAAUUAUCGAAUCCAAGAGUCAUUUGGCAACGAACCAUGAAAAGAACUGUAUUUAAUAUACAUUGACGACCAAACGAAUUUAGGUAAUUGUGGUUAGGUAAACGCUAAGGAACACGUUCGACGAUUAACGAAGAAAUUGAACGCUCUCCUCCGCAUUCAAUUUUAAGAAUGGCAGCUAUUAUAAUAGAUAGAUGUAUUUCUUAAACGUUUAAAUGUCCCUUUUUCAUUUAAAUAAAUGAAAAAUAUGGGAAAUAUGGCGAAGCUAGUCCCGAGAGCUUUAAACAAGUUACUUAUAUUUUGUUACAGCCUUAAGUUUAAAUUAUUUUUCUUUUUAUUUUAUUUAAUGCAACCGUAGGGAAUCAUUAGAACUUUAUUGCUCAUAAUGUGGCAAUAAACAGAGUUGCUUUCAUUGUACAUUAAAUCAUUCCAGUAGUUUUAAAGGUACAAUGUAUGGUGCUUCCUUUAACCCUUUCUGUCCAAAUGAUCCCUUAUGGCAUCGAUGUCUUAAUUUAGAUUUCAUAUUAAUUGUUUUUUUAAGCGUAGAAUACACACUAGGACGGCUGUUACAUUGAUGAAAAACAUAAUGUUUUAUUUCAGCAAACAAAAAAUGAAUAAAAUAUAUCCAACGAUGCCAUACGAUAUCAUAUAAUAUUUGUGCCC